CCCAAACAACCAACUCUUUAAACCCUGAAAAUGGUGACCCUUCUCUCAUUGCUUCUCUCUUUCUUAGCCAUAUCAAUUCCUAUCUUCUUUCUUGUAAACCAAAACAAGAAAAAGAAGAAAAACAAGCUUCCUCCGGGAGACAUGGGUCUCCCUUGGAUCGGCGAAACCAUGCAGUUCUACCGAGCCCAGCUCAACAACAGACUCCAUGAGGAGUUCCUACAGCCUCGGAUGACCCAACACGGAACUAUCUUCAAAACGAGGCUGAUGGGCGAGCCGACAGUGAUCGUGAGCGGCGCUGCUGCUAACCGCUUCUUCCUCUCCAAUGAAUUCAAGCUAGUUGUGAGCUCGUGGCCCACCACGUCCGUUCAACUAAUGGGCCAGGACUCUAUCAUGGGGAAGGGUGGCCACUUGCAUCGAUGGCUUCGUGGGGUUUUCGCCACAAGCCUCAAUGGUGGGGCUGCUCUAGAGGCACUGGUGCCGAAGGUCUGUCGAUCCGUUGUAGCCCACCUCGAUUCGUAUUGGAAAGGCCAUGACAUGGUGCACCUCUUCCAUUCUGCAAAGCAGCUCACGUUCUCGGUCGUGUGUGAGUGCCUGUUGGGGAUUGAUGCAGAGCCGAGGUUAAUGGAGAUGUUUGAGAGAGUUCUAUGUGGAGCGUUUGCACUGCCGAUAGAUUUCCCGGGAAGUCGUCUUUGGAGAGCGAAGAGGACGAGAUCAGAAAUAGGAAGAGAGUUGGUUUCUAUAGUGAGGAAAAUAAGGGAAGAGAUGGAGAGAGAGGGAAGAGGAGGAGAGGAAGGGAUGCUUUUAUCACGUUUGGUGGUGGGGUUGAUAGAAGGAGAGAUAAGUGAGGAAGAGGUUGUGGACAAUGUGGUGCUUUUGAUCUUCGCAGCUCAUGAUACGACUGCUCUUGCAUUGGCUAUGAUGUGUAGGAUGCUGGCCCACCACCCGGACUGCUAUGAUCGCCUUCUACAAGAGCAUACCGAAAUAAUGAAGAGCAAAAGAGGUGGGGAAAGUCUUACAUGGGAAGACAUACAGAAGAUGAAGUAUACUUGGCAAGUUGCUCGUGAGAGCAUGCGGCUUUUCCCUCCCAUCUUUGGCUCUUUCAGGAAAGCUAUAGUCGACAUUGAAUAUCAAGGGUUCACCAUUCCCAAAGGAUGGAAGGUUCUGUGGACAACGUACGGCACGCACUACGACCCUCAGUACUUCCCUGAACCAUCGAGCUUCGAUCCAAGUAGAUUUGAAGAGCAGAUACCGCCGUACGUAUUCAUUCCUUUCGGAGGUGGGCCCCGUUUGUGCGCUGGCUACCAAUUGGCUAAGCUGAACAUGCUCAUCUUCAUCCAUUUCAUGGUCACUCGCUACGAUUGGUCCCUCAUCUUUCCCCAUGAGCCCAUCACCAUUGAUCCUCUCCCAUUCCCUUCGCUCGGGAUGCCCAUCAAAAUCUCUCCAAAGAUCAAUUUAAGCCGUUGAUCAUCAACGAAACUGUACUUGUAUCGACCACUGGAGUCAGAUGAUAGACAUUAAUUGUAGGCCAUUUCUGAUCCAGAACUGUGUAGGGGAAUUGGGGUGGACCAUCCACACCGUUCUCCCAACUAUCCAUUAUUUUUGUACAUGUUCGACACACCUGAUGAACGCGUGGGCCUGAUUAGGGCCCCUUUGAUGCGAGGUAUUAGGUGAG